GCCUCACCUGCCACUUUGGGUUUUUGACUGCUGGCAAAAGGGUCCUUUUCCUUGGGACGAGUGAGGAAGUAGCCAUUGCUUAGAAGGCAAGGCCAUGGGCGGUUGCUGGCAUCUCCUGGGAGCUACGGUCCUUGGACUCCUCGUCACAGGGGUCGUCAUCUCUGGAAACGCUGACCAAGAUGUUUCCAUCCAGGUGAAGCAUGAAAGAAACAGCGUCUUCCUGCUCUGCAAACUAAAACCUGGUGAAUCAGUGACAUACUGGAGAAAAGAUGGCAUUGAAGUACGCAACUCAAAUGACAGCCAACUGCUUGUGGGCUCAGCUGUGGAGGACCACAGAGGCCUCUACCAGUGUUACACUCACCUGAAGAGAACUGGCUCUCUGCAGCUGCACUUUCGAAUGUGCCAGUACUGCGUCCAGCUGAACUCUGCCACGGUGAUGGGGAUGGUGGCAGCCGAAGUCCUGGCCACGGCGUUCCUUGUGGUGGCCGUCUGCACUCUUGCUGCUCAGGAGCCCAGCCGGCGGUCUCGAGCUUCCGACAAGCAGAACCUGUUGGCCCACGAUCAGCUGUACCAGCCUCUUGGAGAACGCAACAAUGGGCAGUACAGCCACAUCGGAGUGGCCAAGGCCCGCCACCGGUGAGACGGGGAGUGGAUCACUGGCCCAUUGAGCCCCUUGCCUUGGAGCAGCUGGAGUUCGUGUCUUGCCUGCCCAGCCUCUGCUCAGUUCUCCCGCAGAGGAAUUUCAAAGGGAGAUUAGAAGGAGAGACUGCUGAAUUACAAUUGAUAAUGAAGCUCAAGACAAUGCAACCCCCUGGUCUGAAUCGAGAUAAAGGCUUCCUGUCUCAUUACCAAUGCUGAUUUCUCCACACCCACUACCCCUCUGCAUACCCCACCCUAUCCAAUCAUGCCUGCCAUUGUCUUUCACCGGCUACGAUCACUCCAGUCUCCAAGAUAUACAGUAAGGACAGAUGGACUCACGUUCUAGCUGUGUCUGAAGAAGUCAGCUGUGGCUCACGAAAUCUCAUACCCUACCAUGAAUUUUGCUAGUCUUAUAGGUGCAAUUGGACUCUUGCUCUUUUCUUCUGCUCAGCUGGACUGCUGACCAUCCUUCCUUCAGGAAAGGGGGGCUGCCUGAGGGCACGUUGUUCAAAGAAAUGUCCAAGGAAUUUGAGUCUUGCAGCAUUCUGGUUUCCAUUGCUCAACAUACCCAGUUGGCCCUUCUGGCUUAGUCGAGUCUAGCGUUGGGGGGGCUGCUGGCUCAGUGUUCCCCAUCCAGGCAUGAUUUUGAGUUUUCCUGUAGCUGAAGACAAGGUAGAAUCUUUCAUGUUAACCUUAACAGAAGCAAACUGAUCUUUACUCCGCCCUCCCCUCUCCUCCUCUAUAUCUGACCAGUUUCUUCUUGCCCUCCAUGCAUCUGACGAAGAGAACUGUGAUUCUCAAAAGCUUAUGCUACAAUAAAAUUGGUUAGUCUUAAA